GCAGGAAUGGCCGGGAUGCCACCACUCGCCCCAGUUGAACGGGACAACCUUGGGGUGACCCCAGGCCCCCCGUGUGGGUUUGUGGGGGGGUGGGUGGGUGCUGCUGGCGACCCCCCCCGCUCUCGCCCCGCUCCAAUCCCGCAUUGUUCCCGGCUCGGCGGGAGGAGGAGGAGCAGGGCCAAGGGCCAGCGGGAAGGCAGGCGGGAAGGCGGGCGCCGGGACGUGCUGGAGCCGCCUGUCAUGUUGGUGGAGCUGCUCUUCCAGGCUGCCUGUGUGUCCCUGUUCCUCUCCAGCGGCCAGGGCAGGGUGUAUCCCGCGAGGAAGAAGCCGGCCAGCUUUGCCGUGGAGAGGCGCCGCGUGGGGCCCCACGUCUGCUUCCCAGGCUCCGGCAGCGGAUGUUGUCCUGGCUGGAUGCUGUCUCCGGGCAGCGGGAAGUGCACCCUGCCGCUCUGCUCCUUCGGCUGCGGUGGUGGUUCCUGCAUCGCUCCCAACCUUUGCAUGUGCCCGGAUGGAGAGCAGGGAAUCACCUGCCCAGAGCCUCCAGGGACUUGCGGAGAGUAUGGCUGUGACCUGUCCUGUAACCACGGCGGCUGCCAGGAGGUCUCCCGCGUGUGUCCUGUUGGCUUCUCCAUGGCCGAGACGGCCAACGGCGUCCGCUGCACGGACAUCGAUGAGUGCCAGAGCGCGGCCUGCGAGGGGACAUGCGUGAACACGGAGGGAGGCUUUGCCUGCGAGUGCGGAGCUGGCCAGGAGCUCUCUGCUGACCGCCGCAGCUGCCAGGACACAGAUGAAUGCCAGGCCACGCCGUGCCAGCACCGCUGCGAGAACAGCGUGGGCAGCUACCGCUGCUCCUGCCGGCCCGGAUACCACCUCCAUGGGAAUCGGCAUUCCUGCGUGGAUGUGGACGAGUGCCGGCGGCCUGGCACGCGCCGCUCUUGCCAGCACAGCUGCCACAACAUUCCCGGCAGCUUCCGCUGCUCCUGCCGCCCUGGAUAUCGGCUCAGCGCAGACAGGGUGUCCUGUGAAGGGUACCCUAAAUCUAUCCUGGCCCCGUCACCCAUCCUGCAAUCCCUGCAGCAUCCACCCACACUUGUCCUGCUCCCUCCUGGCUCCCACCUGCUCCCAAGGGGCUCCCCCUCUCCCCAUCUCCCUGUGGCAGCUCCUGGUACCCAGUUCCCUCCCUCCUCCCCAUCCCUGUCCCCUGAGCCAUUCCCACGUGCCAUGGGAGCCCCCAGCACCUCCAUCCCACCAUCCCGUCAUUGCUGGCACGGGGGAAUUUCUCGGGAGCCCGGCAGUCGCUGGACAGAGCCAGGCUGCCAGAGCUGCACCUGCCAGGGGGGACAAGUCCUCUGUGACACCGUGAGCUGCUCUGUUCCCUGCUCCCACCCGCUUCCUGCUCCGGCUGGGGGUUGCUGCCCCACCUGCACGGGGUGCCUGCAUGAGGGAGUGGCCAGGGCCGAGGGCGAUGUCUUCUCCCCAUCUGAUGGGAAUUGCACCGUCUGCGUCUGCUUGGCCGGGAAUGUCUCCUGCCUCUCCCCGGAAUGUCCCCCAGGAUCCUGCCCCAGCCCCUCUCCAACUGACUGCUGCUCCUGCAAUCCAGAAAAGUGCAAUUUCCGGGGACACACAUACACGCACGGAACCCGGUUCAGCCUGGAUGGGGACGACUGCACCACCUGUGUCUGCCAGGGAGGAGAGGUGGAAUGUUCCUUCACUCCCUGUCCCAUGCUGGAUUGUCCCCAGCACCAGCGGCAGCUGGGUCCCGGGCAGUGCUGCUCCACCUGCCGGGACCCUCCAGCCCCUGCCGGUUGCUCCCUGGAUGACAACGGUGUGGAGUUUCCCGUUGGACAGAUCUGGUCUCCAGGCGAUCCCUGUGAGUUAUGCAUCUGCCAGGCAGACGGCUCCGUGAGCUGCCAGCGCACGGAUUGUGUGGAGACGUGUCCUUAUCCCAUCCGCAUUCCCGGGCAGUGCUGCCCCGACUGCUCCGCAGGCUGCACCUACAUGGGGAGGAUCUUUUCCAACAACGAGACCUUCCCAUCGGCGCUGGAUCCCUGCCUGAGCUGCAUCUGCCUGCUAGGCUCGGUGGCCUGCUCACCUCUGGAAUGUGCCGUCGUGUGCUCCUACCCCUUCCACCCCGAGGGUCGGUGCUGCCCUGUCUGUGAGGACUGCAACUACCAGGGCAGGAAGGUGGAGAACGGCCAGAGCUUCAUUCCCGAGGGACAGCCCUGUACCCGCUGCACCUGCCAGCUUGGAGAGGUGAGCUGUGAGGAGAGGCUGUGCCCCCACUCCUGCUCUGAGCCCCACACACUGCCCGUGGGCUGCUGCCCAUCCUGCCCAGCCACAGACAUCCGGCUCCUGCUGCAGGGCAGUGACCUGUCCCCAUCCUCAUCCCCAUCCUCAUCCCAGUCCCCAUCCUCACCCCCAUCCUCAUCCCAGUCACCAGUCCCUGAAGAUUCACCCCCUGGCACCCCUCAACACCGCCGCUACCGCCUGGCCCAGCUCCUGCUUCCUACCACACUCCCCCUUGGCCCCUCUCCAGGGAUUUGGGGUGCUGGGAUGCCCCCUCCAACCACUCCAAGUCCCUCUGGAGACCCCUUGGCACCCACUGUGCCUCCUGACCCCCUCUCUGAGGCCACAGCCCCCCCCGAUCCCACAGGCAGCCCUGAGGUUCAGGGAUCCUCCAGGAAUGAGGAUCCCUCGGCAGAGCCAUUGGACAGCCUCAGGUUCCAGGUGCCAGGUGUGCCUGGAACGCCGUGAGGAGGAGAAGGAGGAUGAAGGAAAGGAGGAAAAGGGGGUCUGCAGGACCAGCAGGCCUGGCCCUGAGGAGGGAGCAGCUGUCCCCCUGCCACCAAUAAAGUCACUCUGGGAGCAUCCUGAGGCCUCACCUCACCACUGGAGCUGGCACCAAGGUGCUUCAUGAGGGUCCGGAAGGCCCGGAUAGGAACAGCCAGCAGAGUGGUUCCUGUAUCCACGAUGGCCUGGCAUCCUAAGGAACAGGCCACUGGAGUCCCGCUGAUAGAGACACUGGGAAGAGGGAUGCAGAGUGAGCCUGGACUCCCCAAAACACCGGCUGGAGGGCAAGGAAUACUGGGAAUACCUCUCCAUGGUGAUCUGCCAGUAGGUUUCAGCAGAGAGUGGGAUCCAGGAGAUGCCUUUGGUGGUGUAGUAGGGAUCGAUGGCACCAAAGAGCACAAAGCUCCCUCCUUUGUCAUCCCUGGAAAGGGAGAUCCAUCUGGGGUGGUUCCCAGCCCACCAAUACCUCCAUUCCCAUUGGAAAAUGGGGCCAGUGUGAGGGAAAAGGGAGAAAUCCUCAGCAGCUUGGGCUGGGAUUUACCUGCUCAGGUAGACAGAGAAAAGAUGCCUAUCCACAAGGUUUUCCAUCAUCAUGUUGUCAAAGACAGGGGUGGCUCCGGAGGAGGCAAUGCUUGGGAAUGCCAACCCCAGGAUGCCGUCAAAGGGGGCGUAGUAGAAGAAAUCCCCUGGCUCUGUCUCAGCCAGCCCAAAAAUCUGGUUGCGGACGCUGAUGCCAGCAACCUGGGAGAAAGGAGACAGGUGUGGAUUGGGCAGGAUCCCAUGGGAUCCCAUGGGAUGAGGGGGCUGGAGCGCCUGGCCGUACGUUGACGGUGUCGUAUCCCAGGACUCCGGUCAUGCUUCCCGUGCCGUAGGCAAUGAACAGGGUCUCAUUGGUGCUGAGGAAUGUGGAGGAUUCCGCGGGAUUGAAGCGGUUGUGGUUCCCUGUGGGAGUGGGAAGGAUGGGGAUUUGUCCCUUGGGAAAGACUGGGCAGAACCAUGCAGGACCCCCAAAGGACACAUUCCAGACUCAUUCCAGACACCUACUGCAGGCUGGGCUGGAGCAGAAGACUGAGGGAACCCAGAGGUUGGAGGAGCCGGUGUCAAAGACCACGGUGAAUUCCUGAGGUGGGGUCCCAAUGGAGAUGGUGCCAAAGUACUCAUCCUGUUGGAAUGGGAUUGGGAAGGGGUUAAGGGGAUGGGGAAAGGCAAAUGGAUAAGGGGCUAAUGGAAUAAGUUACAGGGAUGGGGAAGGGACUAGUGGAAUGGAUAAUAGGCCAAGGGGAUGGGGAAGGAGCCAGUGUCCCCCUGUGCUCCCUGUUCCCAAUCCCAGCCCCUCACAUCCAUGUAGUUCUCCAGGGGCUCCACAGUGAUGCCCGGGAAAUACUUGGCAGCCAGGUUGUAGGGAUGCUGCUCCAGGUAACUCUCCAGCAAUCCCUGCUCCCGCAGCCUCUGCCGCAGCGACUUCAUCUUCCUCAGGGGCACCCUGUGGACAGGGACCGGGAUGCAUCACUGGGAUGUGCCAUUGGGAUCACCGCGCAUCCCACAUCCCUGUUUUGGGGACCCCCUGGGGCUCACCUGGUCUGGAAGCCCUGGGCCAGGCCCACCAGGACGAGGAGCAGGAGCAGCUUCAUGGUGGGAGCUCAAGGAAAAUGUGCCUCCGAUCCCGGCCCCGCUCCUUAUAUCCUGGCUCCGGUGUUUGGCCAGAGGCCCCGAUAAGAAAGGCAAACUGCUCCUGGGAUGAUUAUCAAAAUGUCCUUAAGGAAGGGGGGUGGGAAUGUCAAGCUGGGGGAUCCUCGUAUUCCUGGGGGGAUUCAGGCCAUGGGUGUGUUGGGAUGGGCAGGAAGCACUCCAGAUUAUUCUGUGGGAGUUGGUGGGAAUGCAGGGUUUUUUGUACCCUGAACGCUCUAAUUCCUUGCUGGAGGGUUUGAGCCAGACGCUUCCAGGAAUGGGGCAGCCACAGCUUCCCUGGGAAUUCCAUUCCCAGGAAUGACUCACCACCCUCUCAAGGAAGAAUUUCUUCCCAAUAUCCCAUCUAAAUCUGUGCUCUCCUACGAGGAAGCCGUUCCCGCUUAGUCCUGUCACUCCAGGUCCUUUUACAAAGUCCCUCUCCAGCUCUCCUGGAACCCCUUAAAGUGCUGGAAGAGGCUCCAAGGUCUCUCCAGGUCCUUCUCCUCUUGCCAAGGAUCCAUGAAGGAUUUUCAGGCUGCCAGGUCCAGAUUUUCCAUUCUGGGAAUCAACCAAGACUUCUUCCUUUCCAGCCCCCUACAACACAUCCCAUCCUCUUUUUUUUUUUUUUCCUCAGGGAUAAUCCAGUGCUCUGUCCCUUUUCUCCCAACAUUCCCCAUCCAGGUUCUUCUUCAUUUCACUCCCCCAGUGCAACCUAGCAUCAUACCCUCAGAUUCUUCGAUCAUUCUGAGCUGGGAUGGGGCUGAUUCCAAGGGAGGAAUGCCAGCUCCAGCCUUAGGGAGCCUUUGAUCUCCUCCAGGACAAGGUGACCGUUCCAGGAGCCAUGGAUCCAGCACGUGGUGGCGUGACCGAAGCCAAGUUGCCCAAUCCUGCUCCCAUGACCUUCAUCCAGAGGCAUCCAGAGCUUGGCCUUCCCCCAGCUCAUCCCAGUUUUCCCCCAGUCCAGGGACUUCGGAUGUGGGAAUGGAGUGACAGGAGAAGGGGAAUGGUUCCAAACUGGAAAACAGGAUAUUGGGAAGAACCUCUUACCUGUGAGGCUGGUGAGGCCCUGGAAUGGAUUUCCCAGAGAAACUGUGGCUGCCCCAUCCCUGGUAGUGUCCAAAGCCAGGUUGGAGAAACCAACCUGGAACGUGUCCCUGUAGAUUUUGGAGUUACCAAGUUUUCCUCCUUUUUUGGCCAGAAUAGUAGAGAAAACAAAAAUAUUUAGUUUCCCCAGAGCUAUUUAUCCAUUGAAUUCCCAGAAUGGCCAUCCUUGGGGAUCAGGAUUCCUGUUUUCUCAAUGGGAAAAAAACUCACAUUUGCCCAAUUAUGGAAGCUCUAGGACAAGCUUAUUGUGCUGCUGGUAAAUCCCAUCAAAGCAGAACAAUGGAUCCAACAGGGAUGGAUUUUUGCAUGGAUGAUAUCCACAGAAGGAAGAAGCUGUGGAAUUCAGGACUGGGAAAAAAAAUGGGAAUUGCUAUUUAGCACUAAUUAAAUCCAGAAUAAAAUUUGUAAGGUUGGAAAAAUAACCCCUUUUAGGGCAUGAAAUGGCUUCCUGCGAGACAAAUCCUGGAUUUUCCCAACCUUGGUGGGGAAAUGGAGGGCAUGACUUGCUGGAUCCUGGAAUAAUCCAUCCCGGUGCUUGGGAGGUCUGUGGAUGGGAGCAGGCGGCCUCCCUGCCACAGCUUUCCUUGGCACCAGAGGGCACCCCAGCGUGCCGAGAUCCCAAAAACCCCCAGCUGGAAAGACGGAUCUGGAAGCUUUCCCUCCCGGUUGAUGCAGCCGGGGCUGGGUGAGGAUUCCCAGGCAAUAAAACCCUCCCAGAAUUUA